GCCAGCACGCAACUCAACUCUCUUCUAGCCUCUUUCCGCCAACAAGAUGAUGUUUUUCAGGAUGCCUUUCUCGGUGCUGUCUAUCUGGCGUCGAGCCACCCGGGCGAUCAUGAUCUCCCGAUGGAUGACUUUAUGUUGACCCUCCAGUCGGUAGGCAUGGAGACCCUGCUGGCGGGACCCGGGGUAGCCGCUGGGCCUUGGGUUUCCGUCAACCUUACCAUCGACCUUCCCCCGGGGCCCUACUUUGUUUUCCAAUACACCGGAGAGGUGUUCCGCGCAUAUCGAAUUUACCCCGAUCAUAACAUGGCCUUUGUCCAAGCCACGAUCAGCGACGAGAAGGGGGGCUUUAUGGCGUUUCCCGCCAUCACGGAGAACGCCAUGACUAAGGAUGUUGCCGUACCCUCCCGUUUGUAUUCGACCCCCACGCGUGAACAGCCUCUGGCGGGCCUGCGGGUGGGAUUUAAGGAUAUCUUCCACAUCAAGGGGCUCCGCACGAGCGGGGGGAGUCGAUCGUACUACUUUCUUUAUGGGCCGCAGAACGUCACGGCGCCGUCCAUUCAACGGCUGAUCGACCUCGGAGCUGUUGUCGUGGGCAAAACCGGCACGGUGCAGUUCUCCACUGGCGAUCGGCCCACCGCCGAUUGGGUCGACUUCCACUGUCCCUUCAACCCGCGUGGGGAUGGAUACCAAGCGCCGGGCGGGUCGUCGUCUGGGUCUGGAGCGGGCAUUGCGUCGUAUGAAUGGUUGGAUCUGGCCGUGGGCAGUGAUACGGGUGGCUCUGUCCGCUCGCCCGCAGCGCUGCAAGGUGUAUACGGGAACCGACCGUCGACGGGGGCCAUCUCGCUCGACCAUGUCCUUCCCCUAUCCUCGCCGCUAGAUACCGCUGGGGUGUUUGCCCGUCACCCGGGACUGUGGGCACGGACCGUGCAGUCGUGGUAUCCAAACUUCGAGCGCAAUUACACGUCGUUUCCGCAGCGACUGUUGCUCGCCGAUGAUGGGUGGGAUGGCGCCGGGAUCGGUCCCCACGCCCAUCAUCUCCUCACCCGUUUCGUGGGCCAGCUGGAGGAGUUUUUGAGGGUGCCACGGACAUUAGUGAACAUCCAGCAGCGGUGGCGCGACACGCAUGCCUCCCCACCUCUUGAGCUUAACGAUCUGUUAAACGAAACCUACGCCAUCCUCACCGCAGUCGACCAAUACAAUCGCCUCGCAAAACCUCUGUUUGCGGACUACGCGGCCAUCCAUGACGGUCGACGCCCCUUCAUCAACCCCGGCCCGCGCUAUCGCUGGCAAUGGGGACAGGACCACGGCGGGGAUGCGGCCUACGAGGUCGCCCUGCGCAAUAUGACAAUCUUCCGUGAAUGGUGGGAGACAAUUGGCUUCGGGCGAUUCGACGAGGCAUCUUGUUCCGAAUCUCUGGUAGUCAGUAUGUUUUCAUCCGGCGAGGUCGACUACCGCGACGAGUACUACGAGUCAACGGUGCAGCCACCGGUCGGCUGGAGUACGGAUUAUGCCUCCGUCAUGGCGGGAGCGCCAGAGGUAGUGGUGCCCCUGGGCGAGAUCCCCUACCAGAGUGCGAUUACCCUCCAUGAGGAGUACCUCCCUGUCACGGUGGCGCUGCAGAUGGCGCGCGGAUGCGACCAUGUCCUAGCUGAUUUGGUAGCCGCCUUGGGCGAGAAGGGUAUAUUGCAGUCUGUAGGGGUCGGGCCUCGUAUGUAUUCUACCUAGGCAGUCGGCCUUGCUGUAAUGCACCGUGACUGUGGUUUCAGCGCUU